AUGAGGCUCAUAGCGUUCUUCCUACUCGCUUUUGCGAGUAUCGUGAGAAGCAAAUACUGGCUCGAGGAGAUCGAACAUCGAGGCACUGCUCCUUACUACCCCGACUCUCAAUAUCGCGUGUUUCGCAACGUGAAGGAUUUUGGUGCUGUUGGCGAUGGAGUGACCGAUGAUACAAAUGCAAUCAAUGCUGCUAUCAGCGCGGGCACUCGGUGUAUUCCUGGUGUCUGCAGAGGAAGCACCAUCUCGCCAGCAACUGUCUACAUUCCUUCUGGAACGUAUCUCAUCAGCGAUUCGAUUAUUGAUCUUUACUACACUCAAAUCAUUGGUGAUCCUACCAACCGUCCAGUGAUCAAAGCCUCUGGGUCAUUUUCCAACAAAAGCUUUGGUCUGAUUGACUCAAACCCCUAUCUAUCUGGCGGGAGUCUGUCAUACAACUCAACCAAUGUUUUCUACCGUCAGAUCCGCAAUCUAGUCCUGGACACAACUGCUCUGCCCCCUCAAUUUCCAGCAAUCGGAAUUCACUGGCCAUCGUCGCAAGCAACAUCCAUUACAAACUGUGAAUUCAGACUAUCAACUGUCCCCGGAAACAGGCACACGGGUCUAUUCAUCGAAGAAGGAUCUGGUGGUUUACUUAACGACCUGUACUUCCAUGGCGGCGGAAAUGCCACCGUCCUCGGGAACCAACAGUUUACGGCACGCAAUCUAUGGUUCGUCGGCGCUGAUGUUGCGAUAUGGAUGCCCUGGGACUGGGGAUGGACUUUCAAGAGCGUCGUAUUUAAAAACUGCCGAGUUGGCAUCAAGAUGGACCCUGCAUCUUAUAGUGUUGGUUCUAUCACAAUGCUUGACAGUUGGUUCGAAAAUAUCGACAUCGCCAUUUCUACGACUCGUAACCGUUCGCAGGCCAUAAGCGGCGCAGCGUCUUUGGCUUUUGAAAAUGUUAAGUUUCAGAACGUGAAAAGUGUUCUGCUGGACCCAGAAGGUGUUGAUCACGCACGUUCAGCUUUGGAACCAGGACAAGACUCUAUUUUCGUGAUGGGACACUAUGCUAACUCUAAGGGAAAUUUUGAUGCUGGUGCAUUCUACCCGGUUUCGCUACCUCGAAGUGGAAGCCUUCUCGAUCGUGGUAUCUACUACGAACGAUCAAAACCACAAUAUGAAGACGUUCCAAGCAAAUUUUUCAUAUCAGCAAAGGCACAUGGAGCGUAUGGAGAUGCUUCGCGCGAUGAUACUCAGGCACUCAACAACCUAUUCAAGUACACUGCAGAGAACAAUCUAAUUGCAUACCUUGACGCCGGGUAUUAUAUGGUGUCAGAUACCGUUUAUAUCCCUCCUAAUGCCAAGGUAGUUGGUGAAGCCCUUGCAUCCAUCAUCAUGGGUACUGGGCAAAAGUUUGGGGACAUGAAUAAACCCCGGCCAGUUGUUCAAGUUGGUCGUCCAGGAGAUGUUGGUCAGAUCGAAUGGUCUGACACAAUCAUCUCAACACGAGGAGCAGCAGCAGGUGCUGUUCUGAUUGAGUACAACCUGUACAGCCCUCAAGCUCCAUCAGGUAUGUGGGACGUUCACACUCGGAUUGGUGGUUUUGCAGGAACAUAUCUUCAGGUUCCUGAAUGUCCUGCUAUUAAGGGGGCCAAUGUUGUAGACCCACGGUGUCUAGCAGCUUAUAUGAGCUUCCAUGUCACGACAUAUGCCGGGGGACUCUUUACAGAAAACUGUUGGUUCUGGGUCGCAGAUCAUGAUCUGGAGAAUCAAAAGUAUGCUCGGGUUGCUCUCUUUGCGGGUCGAGGUGUCCUUGUCGAAGCCCAGAGAGGUCGCAUCUGGCUCAGCGCAACCGGUUCAGAACACCAUGUGUUAUACCAGUAUCAAUUUGCCAACACCAGAGACGUGUACAUCGGCCAUGCACAGACGGAACAAGCUUACUUUCAACCCAUACCUUUGGCCCAGUACCCGUUUCCACCUGUGCCCGCUCUCCAUGAUCCGGAUUUUAAGAAGGACUGCCAGGGAGACACUGAUGCCAGAUGCAAUAUGGGCUGGGCAAUGAGAAUCGUUGACUCAAUCAAUAUUGCUACCUAUGGAGCAGGCCUUUAUUCUUUCUUCAUUAACUACAACGACACGUGCGCCAGUAACAAAUCGCCACUCUUCUGCCAGGAGAGGGUUUUGAGUAUCCGCCGCAGCACUGGUUUAAAGUUUUUGGGAUUGAGUACAGUAGGAGCGCGAACCAUGGUGGAGCGUGAUGGUGCAGACUUGGUUCAAGCAGUUGAUAACAACAGUACAUUUGCAGAUACUUUGGCUUUGUAUGUAUCAUAA